AUGCAACUCGGCCCCCUCGUCCUCGCGGGCCUCGCCACCGCCCACAUGCAAAUGUCGUCGCCGCCGCCCUUCCGGUCCAAGUACAACCCCUACACCACCAACGUCGACUACAACAUGAACAGCCCCCUCGAGGCCUCGGGCGCCAACUACCCGUGCAAGGGUUACCAUAAGCUGCUCAACACGAACCAGGGCCGCUCCGUGGCCAACUGGACGGCCGGCCAGGACUACAGCAUCUCGCUCGAGGGCAGCGCCACCCACAACGGCGGCUCGUGCCAGGUCUCGCUGUCCUACGACGCCGGCGCCUCCUGGACCGUCGUCCGCUCCUUCAUCGGCGGCUGUCCGCUCACCCCCAAAUGGGCCUUCACGCUGCCCGCCGACGCGCCCUCGGGCGACGCCCUCUUUGCCUGGUCGUGGUUCAACCAGAUUGGCAACCGGGAAAUGUACAUGAACUGCGCCCACAUCACCAUCCAUGGCGGCCAGGGGAACUCGUCCUCCGCCGAGUCCUUUGCCGCCUGGGGCUCGCGGCCCAAGAUCUUUGUGGCGAAUGUGCAUAACGGCUGUGGGACGCUUGAAGGGGCCGACGUCAUGUUCCCGCACCCGGGGCCGGACGUGAGCAACAUUUCCAAGAAGACGGCGAACCCUGUUGGCAACUGUGCUUAG